CAGCCGCACUAAGUCGCCUCCCAGGAGCUUCUUCUCCCCGCGAUGGACUCCGCGGCUCAAACUUUCCUGUGAGGCGCUCGGGGGGGGUUGUUAUUCCCCGGCUUGGGAAGCGGCUCUGCCCUCCAGGAGAUGGGGAUCCCCUGGCAGGAUCGCCGCCCUGGCUCCCCGGGGCGCCGGGGUCGAUGCUGAGCGCCGGGUUCGGAGGCGGCGUUGAGUUCCCAGGGCCGCCGCCAUGAGGCACUGCUUCUACAACGAGACCGUGGGCUUCUUCUACAACAACUCUCGCAAGGAGCUGACCACGUACUGGCGCACCAAGGACGUGCUGGUGGUGGCCCUGGGCCUGACCGUGAGCGUCAUCGUGCUGCUGACCAACCUGCUGGUCAUCACGGCCAUCGUCAUCAACCGCCGCUUCCACUACCCCAUCUACUACCUGCUGGGCAACCUGGCGGCCGCCGACCUGUUCGCGGGCAUCGCCUACAUGUUCCUCAUGUUCCACACGGGCCCCCGCACGGCCGAGCUGUCCCUCAAGACCUGGUUCAUCCGGCAGAGCCUGCUGGACACCAGCCUGACGGCCUCGGUGGUGAACCUGCUGGCCAUCGCCGUGGAGAGGCACCAGACGGUGUUCACCAUGCAGCUGCACAGCAAGAUGUCCAACCAGCGCGUCACCAUCCUCAUCUUCUGCAUCUGGGUCACGGCGCUGCUGCUGGGGCUCAUCCCCUCCUACGGCUGGCACUGCCUCUGCGCCCUGGACAAGUGCUCCAGCAUGGCCCCCCUCUACAGCAGGAGCUACCUGACCUUCUGGGCCAUCUCCAACCUCGUCAUCUUCCUCAUCAUGGUGGUGGUGUACACGCACAUCUUCAUCUACGUCAAGAGGAAGAUGACCAGGAUGUCCAAGCACACCAGCUUCCACCCCCGCUACAAGGAGACCAUGAUCAGCCUGGUCAAGACGGUCACCAUCAUCCUGAGCGCCUUCGUGAUCUGCUGGACCCCCGGGCAGGUCGUGCUGCUCCUGGACGGGCUGGGCUGCAAGAGCUGCAACGUGCUGGCGGUGGAGAAGUACGUGCUGCUGCUGGCCGAGAUCAACUCCCUCAUCAACGCCAUCGUCUACUCGUACCGCGACACGGAGAUGAGGAGCACCUUCCGCCGCAUCCUCUGCUUCCCCUGCCCCCGGAACUCCAAGUACACGCCCACCGUGGUCAAGCUGAACACGGCCGACCGCGGCACCCUCUCGCACAACGGCCACUUCACCGUCGACUCCUCCAUCUAGCCCCGAAUUCCCGGAGCUGUCCCGCUCCCGGGACGGGCUCUCCGGCAUCCCAAAGGCUCCGGCACGGACGGUUCCCCCCCCUCCCCGGGAGGAUGAGGAUGAAGGACGAGGUGGUUUCACGGACCUCGGAGGGGGAUUCUCAUUAAAGACUCUUUUUAACGA